AUGACUUGGAGACUUCAAUGGUUGUGCUCAUUUCUGAUAAUCAUCUUCACAUCACCCAAUUCCUCAAUUUCAAAACCAACUGAAGAAGCUCCUCGGGCAUCCAUUGCAGGCAACGUGACCCUAGGAGGCCUAUUCCCUCUUCAUUUCCCAGGAGAGACCGGCCCUUGCUCUGUUUUCAACAGCCUCCGCGCCAUCCAAGAAAUAGAAGCUUUGUUGUUUUCUAUCGACCAAAUAAACGCGAAUGAAACGCUCUUACCGAAUAUUACAUUAGGCGUAAAAGCGUUUGACACAUGUGGUGACGCGACAUCGGCACUGAACAGCGCCGUCAAAGAGUUUGUUCUUGGGAAAAAAUGGAACUCUGAUGAACAUUGUGCAGAACACGAAAGGCCGGUCAUUGGAGUCAUAGGUCCGGGCUAUAGCUAUGAAGCUGUGCAUAUUACCCCGUUCCUAAACCUCUUCGAAAUUCCACUUAUAAGUUAUUCUGCAACGAGUCCCGAAUUGAGCGAGAAAGAUGAAUUCGAGUAUUUUUCACGGACAGCCACAUCAGACGAUUAUCAGAUACCGGCAAUUAUAGACCUACUGGUGCGAUUCAACUGGACCUACGUUUCGAUAUUGUACACGGAUGAGUCGUACGGAGAAGCUGGAUAUGAAGGUCUGAAGAAAGAAGGGGAGAAGAAAGGUAGAAUUCAUCGUUUUCUUGAACUCAGUCUUUCACCAUUAUUUAUUAACUAAAGAUGAUUUUCCUCGCUGAAACGAACCAGGAAACAUUGCUUCCCAAGCAUGAUAAAUUUCCCGAAGCUGGGCAAACUAUGAAACAGUGUAUCACAGUCAUGUUUCCCAAGGGAGGACAAACCGGGAAAUAAUAUUUCCUAGACAUGUUAAAUUUCUCGAAGAUGGGUAAACCGCAAACCAUGAAACAUUGUUUCCUAGCCAUUGUUUCCUGAAGGUGGACAAACCAGGAAACAUUGUUUGCUAGCCAUGUUUCUCGAAGGUUGGACAAACCAGGAAAUAUUGUUUGCUAGCCAUGUUUCCCAAGGGAGGGCAAACCAGGAAACAUUGUUUCCUAGCCAUGUUUUCCAAGGGAGGGCAAACCAGUAAAUAUUGUUUCCUAGCCAUGUAUCCCGAAGGAGAGCAAACACUGUUUCCUAGCCAUAUUUUCGAAGAGCAAGUAACAUUGCUUUUUUAUAACUGUAGUUGUAAGUAAGAUUUAAACAUCAAAUAUUUAUACACUCCUAUUAUAGGAAUCUAUUUUGCGAACAAAAUAGCCGUGCCACAGAAGUAUGAUAAAGUGAAAUUCAAAGAAAUCGUCGAUGCAAUAUUGUCCACGCCAAAGGCUACAGUCAUAAUUCUGUUCGGAGUCGACUCUGCGUUGGAGCCGAUACUCUACAUGAUCCAAGAGUACGCUGGCAAUAGAUCAUUGCAGUUCGUGGGCUCAGAUUCACUUGCGUCCGCAAUCAACGAAGAAUUGAAUAAAAUUCAGCGGGUCACUCAACAAGCGUUCUUUUUCAAUCUCCCCACAAGUCGAGUGGAAGGUUUCACAAAGUAUUUUUUAAACUUAUCCGUUCAAGGAAACGAACGUAAUCCGUGGUUUAAAGAUUUCUUUGAGAUGUUCAUGAACUGUACAUUCGAUAACCUAACUAGCGAUAAACCUAAUUGCGACCCAUACCUAACUUUAGGCAGCACGGAUUACUCAAGCCAAGUCAAAGAUUUUACCCAGAGUGUACCGCUUGUCGUGGAUGCGGUUUACGCCUUCGCACAUGCUCUAAACUACUUCUUAGAAGCAUGUCAGAAAAAUAUGAGUCAAAGUUGUGUACCGCUCAAUAAAAUCCCUGGGGACCAAGUGCUGAAUGCCCUUCGGAAGCAGGUUUUUCGGAGUCCUUCGGGAUCCGUCGUGAACUUCACGAAAGCUGGUGACGUCAUGGGUAGGUUACCAUGGUUACUUCAUCUUUCGCUUUAAAUUCCAUUGUUAAGGUUACACUACACAACCUUUGCCUAAAACUGUCGCAUGCAACCUGCUUACAACUUGAGUUAUACUGUGUAAAUCAAGCAUACAACUCGUCUACGACAAUUAGCCAUUCCGAAGUUGAUGAGUGGACUGGAGACGAGUAUUAAAAAGUGCCCAAAUUAAGAAAUGAACCAAAUCACUAAAACGACCACCUCAAACUUAGUAAGUAUACAAAGUUUGAAGACGUUUACAUGAAUACCCUCCGAAUAAUAAGCUUUUGAAAAUCGUGAUAUUUACUAUGAAAUGUAUUGUAAUUUUUGUUUUUGGGACGCGCGUCCCAAAAACAAUCCUUUAAUCAGUAAUUUCACAUUUUUCAAAAGCUUAUUAUUCGAAGGGUAUUCAUGUAAACAUCUUGAAAUUUUGUAUACUUACUAAUUUUGAGGUGGUCUUUUUAGUGAUUUGGUUCAUUUCUUAAUUUGGGCACUUUUUAAUACUCGUCCCCAGUCCUCUCAUCAACUUCGGAAUGGCUAAUGUAGCGAGUUGUGUGCUUGAUUUACACAGCUUAGUACAACUUAAGUUGGAAGCAGGUUGCACGUUUUAAGCAAAAGUUGUGCAGUUAUAAAUCGGCCUUUGCAAAACCUUGACUUGACUAAAAUCUAACAACCUACUUUAACCACUAGGUGUCUAUGACAUUUUCUACAAUGGCAAAGUUGACGGGAAAAAAUACGAAUAUGCCAAAGUCGGUCAAUGGAGAGGACUUGGGCAAAAACUUCAAUUUCCAGACUCCGAAUGGGAAAAGAAAUUCUCUCCGUUAAAAUCAACAUGUGAAACUGUCUGUGACGUGAAUCAAUACCGAAGGAAGUCAUCGAGAACACCUUGGCACUGUUGGGAAUGUAAAGAUUGCAAGGCCGGAUCCUACGCUGUGAAUGAAACGGUUUGUCACGAGUGUCCCAAAGGAGAGAAGCCUGACAUAGCACGCAAGCUGUGCGUGGAAAUUAUUCCUGUAUAUUUGACUGUCGAUGGAAAGGUCGUCUCGUUGUAUCUGGUGGUCCUACCAAUGGUUUUUGCUUCCAUAGGUCUUGUAGCAGUCUUGUUCGUGUUUGGAAUAUUCGUAAAGUACUGGAACACACCGCUCGUGAAAGCUUCGGGUCGCGAACUCUCCUCCUUGCUUCUGUUAGGAAUCCAUCUAGCAUUUCUGUUUCCUUUCGUUGCGAUUUCGAGACCAUCUCCAGUCAAAUGUUUCUGGCAAUUUGUGCUUGGAAGUCUACCAUUCACAAUCUGCUUUGUGGCGAUUGCUGUCAAGAACAACCGAACUUAUCGCAUAUUUAAUCCCAACCGUGUUAUCACAGCACAGCUUUCGAUGAUUCGACCAAAAUCCCAGAUCUUGGUUUCGCUUGGUUUAAUCACAUUCCAGUUAAUUCUGCUCUCAGCGUUGAUGCUGUUAAAUUUCCCACGAGACGAGUUGAUUUACUCCGAUUUCAAGACAAUUAACUACGUGUGCAUCACGUCGCAGGAACAAAUGUUCCUAUCCCAUCUGUACAAUGUAUUACUCCUCGUGGCUUGCACGUACUACGGUUACAAAACUAAGAAUAUCCCAAGGAACUUCAACGAGGCAAAACAUAUAGCAUUCGCUAUGUACGGUCUCUGCGUAUCGAUGCUUGCAUUUGGUGUAGUGGUUUUGUUGAAUUCUCAAUUUUCUAGCGAUUAUGGAGUGGUGGUUGAGAUGAUGCACAACAAUCUUUUUGGGUUUAUCAUCAUCGUGUGUUUUUUUGUGCCGAAGGUAUAUAUCAUUUUGUACAAGCCGGAGGAAAAUGCGAACAAUGUGACAGUGGCUACAAAUUCGGUUAUGGGGAUAGAAUCGGAUGUUGUAAGAACAAGGGAACAUCGAAGGUAGGAAAAUGAUAAUUGUAAUAUAAAUAGGUAUGGUAUGGUAAGGUGUGACAAGGUAUAGUUAGGGCAAGGUCAGGCGAGGUGAGAUAAGGCAAGGCAAGGCAAGGUAUGGUAUGGGUAAGACAAGGCAAGACAAGGUUAGAUAAGAUAAGGUAAAGGAAGGUAAAGUAAUACAUACAUAUAUAUCUAUAUAUGUUCUUUUCUUUUAUUAAACUAGAUCUCAUAAUCAAUUUCCAACAAAUGGGAUUGAAGUUGAAGAAUUCAACAUUAAAAAGGUACCAAUAGUCAUGUCAACAAAACUUUGUUUUUUUGUUUCAUCAUAGAGGUAAAAAAAGCUAUAAAACGUCUAUUUUCUAAACCAAUGUGUACUGUUUCACACGCCUUAUACCUUGCACUGUGUUGGGGAUUUAAGACAUUCUUUCCUUUUCAGGUCGAACCAGCCAACACGCAUACAAUGGAGGCAAAAUAGAAGAAAAA